CCUCUCGGCAAAUACGAACGCUGUCCCAGUUUUCCCGCUUUCCCGGUUCUCGGCGCGUUUUCCUCACAGCUGAUCUUGCGGAGCGCAACACAUUCCUGUUGGUUUCACGCUCGUUCCCAGAAUUUUUCGCGAUGUGAUUGGAAUAGUUGAAGGAAUAACGAACGCAGUUGAUCGUAAUGCCGGCUGUCACGUAAGACGGGCCAGAAACAUGCAGGAAGAUCCAAGUUGAGCCCGUUGCGGCACUAAGUGCCAUGCCUCGUUGAAGAGGGUGACAUGUCUGGCCUUCUCCUUAUGGGGUUGUUGGCCUGUACCCGGCUGGUGCAAACACACGAUAACAGCACUGCUUCACCCCACACCACAGUAGUCCUCACCGAGCGAUCACUUCCCCAGGGUAACCUAGACUGGCUGAAGGAAGAAUUUCAGGAUUACAACCUGAAGAUAAUGGUUGUUAAUGACUCUUGGCAGCAAGGAUCCCAGGAUCUGUUCCACGUGAUGUCUUCGCAGAAAUUCGUAGUCGGUUUCUUUGAACCUGAAGCAUGUGCUCCUGUUCACUUCGUGUCUACGCUCUAUAACACCAGUCUCGUCACCUGGAAUUGUCCCCAGAUGUCAAAGGAUUUGCUGAAUGUAGAUGGAACUAGGACGCUCAGCCCAACUAUAUCGGCAAUAUCCAAAGCUUUCACUGCUCUAGUCAGCGAGAUGAAAUGGAAAUCGGUAGCGAUAAUCUCCAGCAGGAAGGGUUGGUGGCCCGGACUGGCCCAAUCGAUCGAUCUUGGACUGAGGGAGAUCGGCAUCACACCUCGUCAUUCAUUCAUCAUCGGCAGAAACGUAUCGGCCAGAAAGAUAGAGAACAAACUCCGGAUUCUGAAGAGGCACUCCUGCACAGCCAUAGCUUUAUGCCUGCCAGCCGACGAGACUGGAAAAAUGGUCCUCCAAUCCAUAGACGCCCUUCGCAUCGCUCAGGACCACCGAACUGUGACUGUCCUCAUAGACUCCGCCAACGUUCCCUCUUGGCAACAAGUUUUAAGACUCAUCCACCCGAACGACUCGUCCCCCGAUAACGCCACCUCCUUCUUCCCAAACCCCAUCGGUCCAUCCACCCUCAACUAUCUCCUCGUGUUCAGCGACGAAACGAACUUCAACAAAACCGCGGAGAACGUCAUCGUCGACCACCUCCAAUCUACCCUGUUAAUCUGUGAUCCUAAGUUAAAUGCCUCCGCGUCUUCGAACGACACGAUCGGUCGACCAGUCUGUUACGACUACGAGUCGUCGGACGAUCAGAACUUCUACGUGGCCGACGUAGCCGAGGGCGAUACCCUACGGCUGCUGGUGAAGUUGAGGCGAGAGGCGAACUCUUCGAACUUCGACCUGACCAAGAUCCCUGGCAAUCUCGAGGAGUGGCUGGUCAAGCAUAGGCGAGCGGAAGAGUGCGAAGGCUGUGAGUUUGAGAUCGCGAAAGUGGUGAGCGUGCUGCUGAUCCUGGGCUGUUCUUGUUUGUUCCUUGUCGUGCUUAUGGGCGUUGCGACUUUCGCGAGGACUCAGUUGUUGAGGAAGAAAGUGACCAAGGGUCCGUAUAAGGUGAUCUUGACCGCUACUGAUUUCGUGUUUCCGCAAAUUACGGACGCGCGAAGGGUUGAAGAGGGCAUAGAAGCUAUGCUCUGCUGUUGGUUGCAGCAGCUGCAAGAAUUCGGAAUUCCCAACAUCGACAAGCCUGAUCUUCUGCAAAGCUCUAGUGCAUCUGGCAGGACACCUCUGCGAGCUGGAGGCUCUAGCCCGAACCUAGCCAAACAGAUCAUCGUCGACCCAAGGGUGAGGUAUAAUGGCGAUUUGGUGCAAAUGAAACCCGUCCCCCACGCCGGCGGCGAGAUCAAAGAUAAGGCGAUUGAAUUAUUGGUCUUGUUGCACGGGCUGCGGCACGAGAACCUCAACCCUUUGAUCGGGUGUCUUGCGGAGCCGCCCAGGGCGGCGCUGGUGUCGGAGUACUGCGCUCGAGGAUCGCUGCAGGACGUGUUGCAACAGGACGAUAUCAAGUUGGAUUGGUCCUUCAGGUUGAGCUUACUGACGGAUCUCGUUAGGGGUAUGAAAUAUUUACAUUCCACCCCAAUUCGGGUGCAUGGUUAUUUAACAUCCAGGAAUUGCGUUAUUGACGCCAGAUGGGUUCUGAAGAUCGCUGAUUAUGGCCUUCCAGCUUUUUAUGAAGCUCAAGGUAUAACACCUCCUGCGAAAACAGCCAAAGAAUUAUUAUGGACCGCUCCGGAGCUGCUCAGGCAUUCGAGCCUUAGGAAGAGGGGGACGCAAUCAGGUGACGUUUACUCCUUCGGGAUAAUUCUACAGGAGGUGGUGGUCCGCGGCGAGCCGUUCUGCAUGCUUGCCUUGACGCCUGAAGAAAUCAUCGAAAAAGUUAAAAAACCGCCUCCCUUGAUACGACCAUCGGUGAGCAAAGGAGCCGCACCGCCAGAAGCAAUAAACAUAAUGCGACAAUGCUGGGCUGAACAGGCUGAGAUGAGGCCAGAUUUCAACGCUGUUCACGAUCAAUUCAAGAAACUCAAUCACGGUCGGAAGGUGAACAUCGUGGACACCAUGUUCCAGAUGUUGGAGAAGUACUCCAACAACCUGGAAGAACUCAUCAGGGAGAGAACUGAACAGCUCGAUAUCGAAAAGAAAAAGACAGAACAGUUGCUCAACAGGAUGUUGCCCAGUUCGGUGGCAGACAAACUGAAGAUAGGUCUGCCUGUCGAUCCAGAAGAAUUCGAAGAAGUCACCAUCUAUUUCUCGGAUAUUGUUGGGUUCACUACAAUAUCCGCUCAUUCUACUCCAUUCCAGGUGGUAGAUCUUCUGAAUGAUCUGUAUACAUGUUUCGAUGCUACCAUAAAUGCCUAUAACGUUUAUAAGGUAGAGACCAUUGGUGACGCCUACAUGGUGGUCGGAGGAUUGCCUGUUAGGAUUUUAGAUCACGCAGAACAGAUCGCCACGAUGGCAUUAGACCUUCUCCAUCAGAGCGGAAAGUUCCGCAUCAGGCACCUACCCCACACGCCACUGAAACUUCGGAUAGGGUUGCACACCGGUCCCUGCUGCUCUGGCGUCGUAGGACUAACCAUGCCUCGCUAUUGCCUCUUCGGCGAUACCGUGAACACGGCUUCUAGGAUGGAAUCAACAGGGGCUGCAUGGCGCAUCCACUUAUCAGAAGCUACCAAAAACAAGCUGGAAAAGGCUGGAGGAUAUCACCUUGAAUACAGAGGACCGACAGAAGUGAAGGGUAAAGGAACAAUGCAGACGUACUGGCUACUGGGCAAAGAUGGCUUCGAUAAAAAACUGCCUGAUCCCCCACCAGUCGAGGAGAGUCAUGGACUCGAUGAAAGUCUUAUAAUAAACCAAGAGGAAAUGUUGAAGAAUCCGUCUUUCGAACAACCAGAAAAUUCCUCGCCCAGCUUGGCAACCUCAAAAGAAUCCCUGAAGCCAUCUCUGCAGGAGGAGCAACACCAGGUGAAGAAGGUUGAUACGAAUCCAUCGUUCAUCAGGUCUAUGGAGCUGUCCAAGUUUUCCAGUUUGGUUAGCGGGAAAGCAUUGGAAGAAAUUGGAGGUCCAAUUUCUGAAAUUUACGCUUCGAAGCAAAACCUGAGUAUGAUCAAGAGCACCUCCAGUGAUACCGCCAUGUCACUUGGCACUCCAGUGUCCGCAAGUGAAGUGGCAGCAGCACUCCUAGGGGCAUCUACCAGUUCCCUGUCUUGUGGGUACAGAAGACGCAGACGAAUCGAGGAUGAGGAUCUCAGCACGCCCUAUAACCACUACAAGUGCCUCAGUCCGAAGCACAGGUCGGGAAAGCUGCUGAGGAGGCAAUUUAGCCUAGAUCGGACGGAAGAGUCGAGGCACGAAGAUUUUUUGAGAGUGAUGAGCCCGAAGCUGUGCAAGCAAAACUCCGCCGGCGCCGCGGAUCUCGAGAAGAUCGAGGAGAUACCCCUGAAACCGACCAGCCUGGCCACCCCGACUACCAGCAUCUCCACCCUACAGGGUUCGUUCUCCAUCUCUGUAGACUCGCUGUUGCACUGAAUCCUAUCUGCAUUCUCCUCGCAAAAAUCCUUCUCCAUCACCAUCACGAUAUAAAUAAGGAAGGUCUUUUCUAUUCGACCCUGUCUCUCGAGGGGUGGAAUUUGUAUCUCGGGGCGGAUAGAAGGAGUUCGAGGUGAUUUAUGCGGAGUUUAUCCGAUAGAUCGGGAAUUGAAGACGGUGAGAGGUAAUGGUUAUUUUAUUUGGGGUUUUGUUGGGAUACUGGAACGUAUGGAGGGUUCGCGCCAUGCAGUGGACCGAUUUAUCAUUACGCGUUCGGAGGGUUUUGGGGGCUUUUCCGUUGCAACGCCUCUUAUAAGAUUAUACGCCUCCACUUCUCCACAUUAAUAACGGUUUGGUUAGAUCGUAAUUCCAUUCAUGCAUCUUCGUGUUAUCUCAGUAAUCCAUUCACCUCACAGUAAAGCUUCGGAAAUCAUGAAGCUUUUCGAUCUGA